AUGCUUCCAGCGGGAAGCUCGAACGAAGUACGACGCGACAAGAUUGAAAGCGGCCGUUGUUGUCGGCGCUGCGCUGCGAAUCGGCUUCAGCACGAUCAUGAUGCUGGAUACAGGCGUGUGAACAAGACAAGGAAGAUUGAGCGACUUCGAGCGACGACCGGUGGGCAUGGAGCACCUGGUACAUCGUCGGCGCGUGGUUCGUUCCUUCACCAUAGACACUCACGCCUUUGCCAGCCUAAGCCAACGGUCUCUGUCGAUUCUGCUGUCAAGCGAUUGUCCUUACCAAGCCAUCGCCCUUCAUCUUCUUCUGUUCCUCUCUCCCUUGGGCAAACAGCCACGACUCUCACCCUUGAUCGUGCCGUUGGCAAUAUGGUCAUAUCUGCGGUUGAGGCUAAUCGUCUCUUUAUUAAGUUUUUCAGGGAAUACCAUCCUUUCAUCGACUUUCUAGACCCAGCGAGCUCGCCUGAUGGAACAUACGUGCAGUCACCGCUCCUGUUCUGGGCCGUUAUCGCUGUGGCAAGCCGGCGUGACUGUAGAUUGCAAGCAACGCUUGGCCCUCUCGUCACAGACCUCUUGUGGACAAAAUUCGCACGGCCACCAUGUUCAUUAGCAGACGUACAGGGCAUGCUUUUGACUUGUUUCUGGCCCUUUCCUGCGGCCUCUAUCAGCCUCGACUGUCGGUCGGCUCUCAUUGCGGCGACCACGAGUGUGGCCAUGCAGAUCGGGUUGAAUUGUGCGGAAUCCAUGCAAGACUCGUGCGUCAAUCAGAACGCACCACUGGUGGGCAAUCUCAAGGCUGCGAAAACAUGGGCUGCGUGCAUUGUAGCAGCGAAAAGUGUGUUUGGAUUUGCUAGCCAGCUGGCUGCUGCUCAGGACGACAUGUCGUGUCGUUGCAAAAGUUCAGUCAGUUCCCAAGGAAGCCUGCCACUACAGCUCGACUAUCUCCUUCAAAUUUUCAAAUUCUGCAACCGUGUUCAUAAUUUCAUGGCACCCUUGGAUCAGGUGACAGGGAAUCAAGGGAUCGCGAAACUGGUUGUCCUGGAAACAAAAGUGAGGGUUAUGCUGCUGUUUGCUGGCCUCCAACUGCGCCUCCACUACUUCUUUGAGCCACGGAAAUCAUUUCACCAUCGUCGGGGGAUGAUACUAGCGUAUCAGCUCACGUUGCUGCUGGCGGAUCAGUUGAAGAUUGUUGAUGAACCAGGAGGAUUGCUCCGUUCCGCUCCAGUGAUCUACCAGGACGCAAUGAUUUUUGCGUGCUUCCUUCUCCUAAAGGUGACGAAGAGCGAUGAUUAUAAUGGAGAGAUUGAUGUUGCAGCUGGCAAGACCGCCCUCCGUGUCUGCUUGACUAAGCUGCGCAACUGUGUUGCCGAGACUGACGAUUUCCGGGCCAAGGUAUAUGAGCUGUUUGAAAGAUUGCGAAGAAAUGAUCACGAAUUACGAAGUGGUGCUACUCGUGAGCCCAACGCUAAAUUGCGACCUCGAUUCUCCGGCAGCCUCAUUCAUGACUUCCUCUGGAUGUGGCGGAAGGAGCUGGGUGAUUGGACAAGUGCGGGAGCUUCUCAGGGGGAGAGGUGA